ACUGAAAUUUUAACUCUUUCUAAUUAAAGUGCAUUUAAUAUAAUUUGCUAUCAAUGGGUGGAGUCUUUUCUAGCCUUUUCUCUAGGCUGUGGGGCACCAAGGAGACUAGAAUUCUAAUAUUGGGCCUUGAUGGAGCUGGAAAAACCACCAUACUGUACAGGUUACAAGUUGGAGAAGUAGUAACAACAAUACCAACUAUUGGUUUCAAUGUAGAAACAGUGACAUAUAAAAACCUAAAGUUUCAAGUAUGGGACCUAGGGGGACAAACAAGCAUAAGACCUUACUGGAGAUGCUAUUACUCCAAUACUGAUGCCAUUAUCUAUGUAGUUGAUAGUUGUGAUAGGGAAAGGAUCGCCAUCUCAAAGUCUGAGCUCGUGAGCAUGUUAGAGGAGGAAGAAUUAAAAGACGCAAUUUUAUUAGUAUUCGCUAAUAAACAAGAUAUGGAGGGAGCCAUGUCGCCUUCAGAGGUCUCAACAGCUCUUGGUCUUUCAGCACUCAAGAGCAGAACCUGGGCCAUUUUUAAAACAUCAGCACUAAAGGGUGAUGGGCUAGAAGAAGCAAUGGACUGGUUAACGAAUACUCUAACUGGAGGAACGGGAACAGGAUCGUCAUGACAACCUAACUUUUAUAGUUAAUAUUAUUAUUGUUAUUAUUAUUAUUAUUAUUAUCAUAAAUGAAUAUCAGUUUCUAAUUAUUAAGACAUUGUGUACAGAAAGCUAUAAUACAACAUUGUACAUGAUGAAUUCUGGAAGUAAUUAA